AUGGUUUGCUAUUCACUUGAUCCAGAAAACCCCACAAGAUCACGCACAUCAAGAGGUUCAACUCUUCGUGCUCACUUUAAGAACACUCGUGAAACUGCCCAGGCCAAUACGUGUGUGCGUAUCCGAAAAGCCACCAAGUAUCUGAAGGAUGUCACUAUAAAGAAGCAACGUGUGCCAUUCUGUCGUUACAAUGGCGGAGUUGGUAGGUGUGCCCAGGCCAAACAGUGGGGCUGGACGCAGGGUCGGUGGCCCAAAAAAAGUGCUGAAUUUUUACUGCACAUGCUCAAAAAUGCAGAGAGUAAGGCUGAACUUAAGGGCGUAGAUGUAGAUUCUCUGGUCAUUGAGCAAAUCCAGGUGAACAAAGCCCGCACAAUGCAGUGCAGGACUUACAGAGCUCGUGGUCAGACCAAGCCAUACACGAGCUCUCCCUGCCACACUGAGAUGGGCCUUACUGAAAAAGAACAGAUUGUUCUUAAACCAGAAGAGGAGGCUGCACAGAAGAAAAAGAUAUCCCAGAAGAAACUGAAGAAACAGAAACUUCUGGCCCGGGAAUAAA